AGGUGUGAGUGCAUGUUCUCGUCCUCCACAUUGUGCUGAGCCUCACACAGCUGUCACAGCCUCCAGCCGCCCUUAGUGAAGGAGAACUCAGACUCCCUGGAAAACAUGGACUUCAGUGGAACAUGGCAGGUUUACGCUCAGGAGAACUACGAGGAGUUCCUCAGGGCCAUGGAGCUCCCUGAAGAUGUCAUCAAGAUGGCCAAGGACAUCAAGCCAGUUACUGAAAUCAAGCAGAAUGGCAAAGACUUUGUCAUCACCUCCAAGACCCCUGGAAAGUCUGUGACCAACUCUUUUACCAUCGGCAAGGAGGCUGAAAUCACAACCAUGGAUGGCAAGAAGCUCAAGUGCAUUGUCAAUAUGGAGGGCGGUAAAAUGGUUUGCAAAACUGGCAAGUUCUGCCACAUCCAGGAGCUCAAAGGAGGAGAGAUGGUUGAGACCUUGACCAUGGGCUCAACAACUCUCACCAGAAAGAGCAAAAAGAUGUGAAACCAUGAAUGAAGAAACUAACACCUAUUUAAAUGACAUUAAAAUGAAAUAAAAGGGAAGCUUGA